AUGGCUGUUGAAAACUCCUCUUCCAACACCUCUGACAUUCCGAGCGAUACCGUUUUCCCCUAUGAUUCUAGCAGCAUUGCCAAUCCUCUUCUCAAUAUCAAUGUCUCCAACGUGUCUAAGCUCAUGACCAUGAACUACAUCACGUGGAGCGUGCAAAUCCGAGCUCUUCUGCAGGGGUACAACCUCGACUGCUUUCUGGAUCCCGCAAACAAUCAACCGGCCACACUCUCUGUCGACAAUGCAGUCACUGCCAAUCCCAAGUAUGGUCCUUGGUUCCGCCAAGAUCGUCUGGUAUUUUCUGCUCUCCUUGGCUCGGUCUCUCCUUCAUGUCAAGCACUGAUUGCCUCUGCCGCUUCCUCUGGUGAUGCUUGGCAAACUCUUGCCACUACGUACGGUCGAUCAAGCCGCGGACAUCUCAAACAAAUUAAGGAUCAACUCCGUCGCUUCACCAAAGGCACCAAAAGCAUCGAUGAAUAUAUGCACUUCUACAAAGUGAAAGCGGAUGAGCUUUCUCUGCUCGGCAAGCCUUUGGACCACGAAGAUCUACUUGAUUUCAUCCUUGUUGGUCUCGGCGAUGAUUUCAAACCUGUCAAGGAUGUUGUUCACGCUAAGGACUCACCCAUGUCCUUCAUUGAGCUUCACGAGAAGCUGUUGAAUCACGAAGCCGACAUCUCUGCCUUACAAUCUGUCACUUCAGAUUUUCCUGUCACGGCAACUGUUGCCCAACACAAGCCUCGCUCCCCCUGGCGCGACAACUCUCGCCUUCCAUAUGAACCUCGUGGCUCUCGCUCUUCCUCGGGCCGUGGCUAUCUCGGUAAAUGCCAGCUUUGUGGUACUCAAGGCCACAGCGCUCGCUUUUGCCGCCUUCUCCGAUCUCAGCCUGGCACCGACGAAGUUAUUGUCGGGGAUGGUUCUGGCCUCGCGAUCACACACUCGGGUUUCACUCACCUUCUUACCUCUUCUCGACCCCUUUCUCUUCAUAAUGUCAAGGAUCGAACAACGGGGGCAAUCCUAGCCCAAGGAACGCUCCAUAACGGCGUGUACGAGUGGCCAACUCUUUCGUCUCCUUCCUUGUCCUCUGUUUCCGCAUUUUCCAGUGUCAAAUCGACGGUGUGUGCUUGGCAUUCCAGGCUUGGUCACCCUUCGGUUGAAAUUCUUCAUAAAGUUUUGUGUCGUCUUUCCUUGCCUUCGUCUUCGUCUUCGAGUCUAUCUUUCCAUUGUGAGUUCUGCUCUAUCAAUAAGAGUUAUAAAUUAUCAUUUUUCUCUUCCUCUGUUAUGUCUUCCCGUCCUCUUGAAGUCGUUUUCUCGGAUGUGUGGAUGUCUCCUAUUGAAUCUUUCAACGGGUAUAGAUAUUAUGUUGUCUUCGUUGAUCAUUUCACCCGCUACACCUGGCUCUAUCCCCUAAAACGUAAAUCUCAUGUCUCUGAUAUCUUUGUCAGAUUCAAGUCCCUUGUUGAGACCCGGUUUCAGUCCAAACUUAUGUCUCUUUAUUCUGAUAAUGACGGAGAAUAUGUUGCUCUUAAGAACUAUCUCUCUGUCAAUGGAAUCUCUCAUUAUACAACACCUCCUCAUACUCCGGAACACAAUGGCAUUUCCGAACGGAAACAUCGCCAUAUCGUGGAAACCGGACUCACGCUCUUAACUCACUCAUCAAUCCCUUCUACAUAUUGGACUCUUGCAUUUUCGGCUGCCGUGUACCUUAUCAAUCGGCUGCCAACUUCUGUCCUCUCAUUUCGUUCUCCCUUUGAGGCCAUAUAUAACGUUUUCCCGAACUACUCUAAACUUCGUGUUUUCGGUUGUCUCUGCUUUCCUUGGCUCCGUCCUUACUCAUCUCAUAAACUUCAGUCUCGGUCCUAUCCUUGCGUUUUUGUCGGCUACUCUCUUUCGCAGAGUGCAUUUCUUUGUCUCCAUGUUUCUUCCUCACACAUUUUUGUCUCUCGUCAUGUUACAUUUGUCGAGUCAGAAUUUCCGUUUCCUCGUUUUUUCUCUGAGUCUUCUGGUUCUGAUUCAUCUCCUCUUGCGUCCUCCCAUGUUAUGUCGUCUUCUUCUCUCAUUCCGUGUUGGCCCACUCCCCCCCGCCCUGCACAGGCCCCUGCCCCUGUUGCUUCUCCGACCAAUCCUACCCAACCUUUAUCCUCGACUCAACCGUCAAACUUCCCCUCCGCUUCACCUCUUGAUAUACCGUCCCAAGAACCUUCUCCUCUACCUAUUGUUAACCAACCAUCUCUUCCUUCUUCUUCAUCUCUCACAAACCUUCACCCGAUGACAACAAGAUCCAAAAACCAGAUUUUUAAACCAAACCAAAAAGUCUCCCUCUCAACCUCUCUUUCUUCUUUCCUAGAAACUGAACCCACUUGUGUAUCGCAUGCUAUGAAAGAUCCUCGAUGGCGCUCCGCCAUGUCUGACGAGUUCAACGCACUGGUCCGGAAUGGAACAUGGAGCCUCGUUCCUCCUAAUCCGGCCUAUAAUGUUGUGGGAUGUUCAAAGCUCGGUUGGUCGCUAAAGGUUUUCAUCAACGUCCCGGUAUUGACUUCACCGAGACUUUCAGUCCCGUGGUUAAGCAUGCCACCAUCCGAGUCAUUCUCAGCAUCGCUGUCUCCCGUGGCUGGCCUCUACGUCAACUCGACGUUAAUAAUGUUUUCCUUCAAG